AUGGCCCGCCUCCUGAACGUCUCAGCCCUUUCAGCCGACCACCUGACACGGCCGCUGGUGUGCCACGCGUCGCCUUUCCAGGCUGCAGGGUUGGAGAGAGUGACCAAGAGGCGUCUGCUCCUGGCCUGUUUGCUUUUGUCUGGAGUCAUCUACUUCUUACGAGGAAGAAAGGGGGCGGUUUUGAACACACCAGCCCUCACCCCUCUGCCUGAGUCAGAGGAGGGGGCCCUCUCGAGCGAGGACGAGAGGGACGAGGACUCCCCUGUCCUCCUGAACAUGACGUCCUGGAGCGCGCCGGUGGUGUGGGGCGACAGCGCAGUGUCCGAGUGGCGGAGGAGGGAGUUCUCAAACACGGCCUUCCGGGUGGGCUUGGCCGUGUUCGUGGUGGGCCGCUACUCGCAGUACCUCCCGCACUUCAUCGCCUCAGCCGAGCACUACUUCAUGCGGGGGGACGCUGUCAUCUACUACAUCUUGACGGACAACCUCCGCAAUGUCCCCACCCUGCAGCUGGGCUCGGGCAGGCGGAUGCGGGCGCUGCAGGUGACGGAGAUGCCCCAGUGGGACCGCCUGUCCCGGGUGCGGAUGUCCCUGCUGGCCUCGGCCAUCAAGGAACAGAUCCAAAGGGAGGUGGAGUACGUCUUCUGCAUGGACGUGGACCAGGAGUUCGUCAACCCCGUGGGCACCGAGAUCCUGGGUGAGCUGGUGGCCACCCUGCACCCUGAAUACUACGGCAUGCCCCUGUACACCUACCCCUACGAGAAGGCUGAGGUCUCCCUGGCCUUCGUGGAGGAGGGGGAGGGCGACUUCUACUACACAUCGGAGCUGUACGGAGGCCUGUGCUCCGAGGUGUACGCCUUGACGCGGGCCUGCUCCCAGUUCAUCCUGCAGGACUCAGAGGCCAGCUUUCACGCCCUGCAGUACGAGGAGAGCUACCUGAACCGCUACCUGAUCAACCGCCGCCCCACCUGUGUGCUCUCCCCGGAGUACAGCUGGUGGGACUCUCCUCGGUCCCCUGAGGUCCCUGUCCAGAGGAUCGUCUCGUUGGGGAGGGAGUGCGCCUCGCUAGAGCCCCAGAAACGAGCAGCCCGGAGGUGCUGA